AAUUUAAAGUAACACCAGCACUGCCAUAGUGAGCCAAAAGUCUUUCGACGCAUGCCCACCACCGGUAGUGGUCCAAACGAUCCCUUGGCCAUCGGUAUGAAAUGCUGUUAUGUGUCAGUUGUAUUUAUUCCGAACACCGGGUUAUUCAAAGCCGAGCCGAGAAGCGUAUCUUCAGUUUCGAUUUACAAUUACUACUGUUUGGUUCGUCGUUUCCAAGCCGAAGCGAAGAAGAUGGUUUGAUUGGCUGAGCAGACCCACUUUGGGGAAGCGAAGAAUCACCACAGGGCAGGUGAUCUCCCAACGGUGCAUAAGCGAUUGCCAGCGGAAAGAAAGGCGGACGGCAGUUUAAACGGCUUCAGUGCUCUAUCCUCUUGCAAAGCAUGUUUUUCCGUCGCGUAUUUGCUAAGAACGGAACGAGUUCGUCUAGCAGUGGAAACAGUGCAACCUCUUCGACAGGCAACACAGGCAUGCAUGCUGUACACAGUCUAGGUAUGUCCUCUGGUGGCGGCGGUGUGCCUACGGAAUCUCCAGCACGGUACCGGCGUGCGUUAAAUGUUGAGGACAACCAUCGCGUUUUGUCAGUGCUGCAGUUGACCCCUUUGUGGGAAUAUAUUAUUCGUAACAAUGAGCUCCCGGUCGGGCUUAACAUGAAUGAGCUGUUUCGCGAAUUUUUGGAACGGUUACAUGAUCCCGAGUUUCAAGUGCGUCAGCACGCUCUGCGUGUCCUAAUCGAUGUGAUCAUAGUGCUGCGGGAUGAAACGGACAUAUACUUCGCUCCGCUUCUUCCGCCCAUCAUCGACAAUCUUGGCCAUCCGUCGCCAGCAGUGCGGAAAGGCGCUUUGGACGUGCUAAAGGUGUACAUUGCACAAACGAAACUGCCCGAAACGGUUAUGCUGGAAAUCAUGAACUACGGAAUGGACCGUAAUCCGAAAGAUCCUCUCAGCAGCCGGUACAUCGUGGGGGUAAUGUUGGCUUUGCCUUCGCUUAUUCAACCCGCCAUUUUGACCGCGAAAAGGACCUUCAUCCUGCGAGCGGUAAUUAACGCACUCGGUGGGAAGAUGGUGCAGAUCACAUACCAAGAGAUUGCGCUUAAAAUUUUGCUCAAAAUUAAAAACACGAUCGGUUCGCGCGAAUUUUACGAGUGCAUCUCUGUAGCGUACCGGCGUGACUUUGAUUUGCUGUGCAACGUUUACGGUUUGCCGAAUCCUCCCAAAAGUCCUCGGCGCGAUCCAAUAGUUCCUCCCGGAGAGUUAUCGUUGGGGCAUGCAGAGAUGCGAAAGUCGUGGAAACCGACCGUGGCCCCCGGUGCGCCAACCCCACUGCAGGCUCUUUCCCCGAAAGCUCAGCGAUGGAAAUCGGGCAGCCACGGUGAAAUCUCACGCUCUACUGAGGUUAACGAUACACCCCGGUUGCGGCACCGCAUCGGGUCGGAUGAAAGACUUCCCCAGCACGACUAUAUCCUAAGCAAGGGUCCUGGCGGAGGUCCACUGUUGCGGCGCGUUAGCUUAGAGAAGAUCGACGAUUCGAAAGUGAUAAUGGAGACGGAGAUUAAGAUCAACAAGGAGUCGGUUACCAUGCGCAUCCUAGAGGCGGAAACGUCCAACUCGAACUCCAUCAGCGAGGAAAGCGAUGAAGACAAUGUCAACAAGCGCUUCGGUGUAGUGCGUGUGCUUACGGACAGUGAACUGGAGGACAGUGUUACGGUGAAAUCAAUCGGUGACCCGCAGCCAGCGAUGCAACAAGAUUUGCUGUACUCUUCCGACACGGAGUAUGUACGGAGAACGCCCCGCCGGGUACGGUUCGGUGGAGAAAUCGUGAAAAUGCGCACCCCAGACAGUGAUACCUUCGAUCAGAGCGACCAGGAUGCACUGACCCUCUCACAAACUUCGAACCAAUCCACACAGCUACUGUCCUCUUCCACGAUAUCGGACCGUACGUCUUCGACGGCAGCUCCUCCCCAGCGAUCCUCCUUAAAAUCGGCUUCCUCGUCUUCGGAACGUAGCAGCACGACAUAUGCAAAUUCCAUGAUGCGAAGACAGUACUCCCAAUCGGCAGACACCGAACGAUCGUCUCCCCCCAGCACAAUGGCAAUGUCUUCCGAGUUUAACAGCAGCAUCUCGGCAAAGCCUAGACCAUCGUCAGCAAAAUCCACCAUGGAAACCUCCGGCCUGAGCGAACUAAACUCUGGUUCCGAUCUAGAAGACAAUGAAUCACCGUUUGUGGCUUCAAACAAGGCGAUGGACGGAGGAGACAAUUACGAGCUACCUACAUCGCAACCGUCUUCGCGUCCUAAAUCAUCUCUUGCCCGGCCAAAGUCGGCGAAAACACCACCAUCCGAACCGGUAGAACCGCCUCAACCACCUGCACCUGCUAAAGCUGAAAGCAGUAGCGCCAGGCAACAGCUUACCGAAACGCCUGACAUUCAAAGUCGACCGGAACCGGAGCCGUUGGCAGCGCUCGCUUUGGACGCAAGUUCUAUUUUGGCAGACAAGAUUGAGGAGGUGAAACAAGCGAUACAGGGCAUCGAAAGCAAGAUAAGCAAUGUUGUUAUGCAAAAGGCAGAUUCUGUGGAUGCAGUACCGAAUCACACUACACCGAACCCCACUCCGAAGAAGCUGGAAUCGAACCUAUCGCUUGAGGUGCUGAUGAAAACUAACAACAACGAGAAUGCGGAAAAUCUCGAACGGGAUCCUUCCCAAGCCGAACACAACAAUAAAGAUUACACCAAGGAGCUCAAUAUCGAAAUUCCGAAGGAGGAAAAACUACAGAAUGCUCCUCCACCGUCUCCGAAACCUACCAACCAAACAGCAGCAGACAGUUCGGCCCAAUCCAAACCUGUUCCUAAAAUUGUACGAUCAGGCAUUCCUCGCCUAAAUACGAUGCCGUCACCAAAGACGAUGCGGAAAGCGCACGAGUCCAGCAGCAAUGCACCAAAGUCUCCAGCUGCUGGUAGUAGCGAUGCUGGCAAAGGUCAGCUCACCCCACAACCCAACAACGUUCGCGGCAGAACAUUAUUACGCAGCCGAUCGGCCACAUCUGCCUCGCUGAAACGUAGCGUGUACAUCAGUCCCUCAUCUCUUAGCCCCAAGCCCCACAGUGGUAUCGAGAUCAUACACAACCUGCUACGAAGUCCAUCCACGUCACCUCACAGAAACCGACGGAAAAGCUCCACCAUGAGUGAAAAAUCCCUCGAAUCGCUGGUUUCGAAUGAUAAGAACAACAACGCGCAGCUCAUAUCCAGUGUCAAUGAGGGUGUGGACGGUCGAACCGAUAAGUGCAUCAGCGUCAAUGAGGAUGAUAUUUUCGACGUGUUCGGCAAAACAAUUGCAACCCAAACGUCCGUCGACGAAUCGAGGGAAAUUCCGUUUGUGCCCUUUACUAGAGCGCCCUCCCGGUUGGCACUGGCACAAAUCGAUGUGAAUGGGAAUGAAAUCGGGAACGCCACGAGUCCGGUCGAGGGACAAGAAAAACUCGCAUCCUUUCCGCGAGACCGUAGCCAUUCUCCAAACAUGUCACGUCCGGGGUCACCUAAAUCGUCUCAAAAUCAACAAAUUGUCAGCUCAUGGGAGGAUCUCGGUAUCGUAGGUCGAGUCACUCUUCAUCAACUCAAAAGUCCGGAUUGGCGGAUGCGUUCGCAGGGGUUCUGUAGCAUCGAGGAAGCCCUUAAAUCAUCCGAUAAUCUUGCGAAAGUUCAACCAUACCUCGAAUCGCUCCUGCGGACACUGUUGUCCUCGGAACGAAAUCUCGAUGUCGUUGACGAUAAAGUGCGAAUGUUGGUCAACCUGGUGUCGCGGCUACCCCUUGAGAACCUGGAGGACCGAGUGGGACAAAUCAUGACCGGACUUUGCCGGCAGGGCGGACCGGGCAGCAACAACGUGGCCAAGGCACUGAUGCAACGAUUACCGACGGCGGCCAUCGUGCAGCGACUGCUAUCGGAUGAUUUCUUACAUGCCAAAAGCUCCAAGUUUCGUGAGAAUGCAUUGCAAACGGUGUUGUUUGCUUUAAUGACAUUCCCGAGCACCUACUUCGACAUUAAAACGCUCAUUUCCCGAGCAACCGAGGCGGCUCUGGAUCGCAAAAAACGCGUCCGGCAUGCUGCGCUGGACGUUCUUGCAGUGCUGGGACAAAUUAGCUCUCCUAAAUUGGUUCUAGACGUUGUCUGCGCCGCUGUCGGAACACGCCCGGAAGGAAACCAUCUGAUCACGGCCGUCAAAGCACGGCUGGCGCGGAAGCAGCUUCCUUUCAUUGGACCGGACGGUAGUGUGGAGUAUGCGAUUAAAGUUCCUUCCAACCGAUCCAGCACUGUCAUCAUGUUUGGGGCAGACGUCGACUGGAUCGAGGCUGGCAGUGGGUCCGCCUCGCCCACCUUCAACCGUCCCGGACGAAACAAAUAUCCAAGCUUUCAGGUGGAAAACAGCUCAUUUGAAGACAUGAGACAGAAACCUAGCUUCACUGUUUUCGAUGAGAUCAAGCAACCUAUAGAAACGGCGAAAAUUUCUACCAAUUCCGGAUGGACUUCCAAAAUACCUGUAUCAUAUUCGGAUAAUAUGGCUCAACCGCUGGGACCGAACGCCACUCGACCUCUGUACGGGAAUGGACAAUCGUCCAGGUCGUACCCGGAGCUGGCCGACGGUAAACAGGCUGCACCGUUUGCUGCAAAACCUGGGACAAUCAUGCAUCGAAAGAUGGAAGGAAAUUUGUCCGGCAUUCCGCAAAUUGCCAAUGGCAAAAUUUCGCGCAAUGGCUCUUCGUCAAGAUUUCCCGAAAUGGACCCGAAGACGAACGGUAAAGCCAUGCUGGCGAAGAACAAUAACCCGUACGAAAUGAGGACACUGCGAAUGCGGGGCAAACUCUAUUCCCGCAACAGUGAUGGGUUUAUGAGCGACACAAUCGCUAGUGCCAAUAAGCAAGUACACAACGAUAUUCGACCCGCAACCGAUCCGGUGGUAGAAAGCGAUGGGUUUAGACAAUCAAGGUUUGGCAUGCGGUUCUACAAUCCGAAUCUGAUUGGCAGCCACAACAAACAGCAAAUGACUACGCAUGUGCAGAAUCAGGAUGUAGACCAGCGUCCUAAUUUAUCACCGAGCAAAAGCUAUAACAACCACAACACCGGAAACAACAGUGGGACAAAUAAUCGGAGUAACAGUGCAAGCCACGGUGAACUUCAGAACUACUACGGCGACGCUAAUAUGGGCACUGGCGGCGGCACCGCACCAAACACGCCUCGUCGGUCACGAUUUCUCGGUGAGCGGCAGCCAUCCGUUCCGACGAUUAAUCAGGAGAGUUAUAUCAUUCAUCGGGACGAAAAUUACGACAGCGAGCAGGACGAGCGAUCGAGCAACGAUUCCACAUCUACGCGCAUUAUCUCUAAUAGCAUUUUGAACUUCAGAGAGCGUGAUCGGGAACGCGUUACGAUAGCGGGAGACGACGACUCUUACCCGUCUGCAAUUCCUGGUGGUAGUCGUCCUGCUUCCAUACCAUCCGUUUCGCGACCACAAUCCGUUAGCUCUCACAAGUCCAUCGGUUCCGGAGUACUUAAACAUCACAUGCCGGAUGGACGAUUAUCGCGUACGAGCAACGCAUCGUACAGUAAUGCUUCUUCAAAGACUACCAUGGGAGAUAACAGCUCGCUUAAAACGCACCGUUCGUUUGGUGGUAAAGCUGCCGAGGAUGAACGUGCAGACAGGGAAUGGUACGGAGAAAGGGCUGCGACCCCAGUACAUAGCGAACUGGAUGGAAUCAGUUCGAAUCAGGUGCAGUACGAGUCGGAUUACGAUGACGAUGAGGAUGACAAUGAGCGGAACGAUGAACGAAACUUUAAACCCAAAUCUCCCGUCACACCAAAGCGCUAUCCGACCCCGAGCCCGCAUCCGCUGCAAGGAUCCUACUCUACGGAAGAGCUUGCAAACCACCACAUGGACAGCCGGCAAGAGGAUGAAAACUUCAUGGACGAUGAGCAGGAAAUGCCGAUAUCACGGCCACGAAGCCGCGUACAGUCCGCUAGCAUGGGAAACUUGCAGCAUCUCGAUCACGAAGACAUGCCGGACGAAACCAUGAUGCCAGCUUCGCCGAAAAAAAUUCUCAAAAAGCCCUUCCUGGUGCGACGCAGUAGUAAGGUUGCACCAGUGAAAGAGGUUGUGUCGGGAGUGAAGGCUAAAAACAAGCUUAACGAGGUUAUCUUUCAGAAGACGUUGCGCAGAUUCGAGAAACCGAAAGAUGCGCUUAACAACUGCCUAACGCACCUCGAAAGCCCCAACUGGGAGCAAAACAUUAGUGGUCUGCAAUUCUUCGUGCGACUUAUUCGCCACCAUCCGGAGGUGAUCGAUACUCAGAUACAUCUGCUUUCUGUGGCUUUGGCAAAACAGGUGCGUAACCUGCGAUCGCAAGUGGCACGCGCUGCAUGCCAAGCUUCGGCGGAGUUUUUCUCCACCCACCGACGGUGUCUCGAGGGUGAGGCGGAAGACAUUGCUACCCAUCUGCUGCACCGCACGGCAGAUACGAACAAGUUCCUGCGGGCCGAUGCUACCCAAGCGCUCGAAUCCAUGUGCGACAACGUGUCGAUCCCGAAGGUGGUACACAUCAUUUCCUACAAGGGUGCCACUCAUCAGAACGCCGUGGUACGGACGACGGCCGCGAAGCUGCUGAACAAGAUCGUACAGCAACUCGGGUCGGAAAAGGUGUUCGCACUGCCGAAGGAAACCCGCGACAAGCUUAUCCUGACAGGGGCGCAUCUGCUGCUUGAGGGAUCGCUGGAGACCCGUAACUACACAAAGAGCGUGUUCAAACAACUAUCCGACCAUGCACACUACAGCAAAGUAUUAUUAGAAGUGAUACCUCCGCGGACGUAUAGGAAUAUAGAAAAACCACUGAACAGCAUUCGACAAAUAUCUUAAAUGUUCGCAAUCCUCAGCAAACGCUGUACAGGUAGUUGUUUCUUUUCGUUACCAAAGCGCUAGUGAAAUUAUCCUCUCCCUCUCUGUAAUAUUAUACUAUUAGUAAAAAUGUACGAAUUAAAAGCGAUGUUUUGAGUCACAAGCGUCAUAGCGUGUUGCUUGCUUACCUU